CACACACACACGUGCAAAAGAUGCUUUCCUUUGUAAGUAGAACAUCGUCUGCUGCUGUUAGACAGAUCCGUCCCUCCCAACGUUUGUUUGCAACGCUGGACUCCACGCCAAACAGAGUGCACGGCGGGUUGCAGGACAAGGACAGAAUUUUCCAGAACCUCUACUUGCAGAACUCGCACAAACACGGCACGGAGCCAUGGGACCUGAAGACGGCCCAGAAAAUCGGUGACUGGUACAAGACCAAGGAGAUUCUGCUGAAGGGAGACAAGUGGAUCAUCGACGAGAUUAAGAAGUCGGGCCUCAGAGGCAGAGGUGGUGCUGGAUUCCCAUCGGGGUUGAAGUGGUCUUUCAUGAAUCCUCCGAACUGGGAGCUCAACGUUGGACCAAGAUACGUUGCGGUCAACGCCGAUGAGGGAGAGCCAGGUACCUGUAAGGACAGAGAGAUCAUCAGAAAGGAGCCUCACAAGUUGGUUGAAGGGUGUUUGGUUGCCGGUCGUGCGAUGAACGCCACCGCCGCAUACAUCUACAUCAGAGGUGAGUUCUACCAGGAGGCUGUCAUCCUCCAGCACGCAAUCGACGAGGCCUACAAGCACGGCAAGUUGGGCAAGAACGCCUGUGGCUCCGGCUACGACUUCGACGUGUACAUCCACAGAGGUAUGGGUGCCUACAUCUGUGGUGAGGAGACCGCUUUGAUCGAAUCCAUGGAAGGUAAGGCCGGUAAGCCAAGAAUGAAGCCUCCUUUCCCAGCCGGUGUGGGUCUGUUCGGUAGACCAACCACCGUCACUAACGUCGAGACCGUCGCCGUCGCCCCAACCAUUCUCAGAAGAGGUGGCGACUGGUUCAACUCCUUCGGUAGAGAAAGAAACUCCGGUACCAAGUUGUUCUGUGUCUCCGGCCAGGUCAACGAGCCAUGCACGUUUGAAGAAGAAAUGUCCGUCCCAUUGAAGGAGGUUUUGGAAAAGCACUGUGGCGGUGUCAUCGGUGGCUGGGACAACCUCCUGGCCGUCAUUCCAGGUGGCUCCUCCACUCCAAUCUUGAACGAGGAGACCUGUCAGGACCAGUUGAUGGACUACGACGCCCUCAGAAACGUCGGGUCCGGUUUGGGUACUGCCGCCGUCAUCGUCAUGAACAAGCAGGCCGACGUCAUCCGUGGCAUACAAAGAUUGCUUGCCUUCUACAAGCACGAAACGUGCGGUCAGUGUACCCCAUGCAGAGAGGGCUCCACAUACAUGUCCAAGAUGAUGGACAGAUUGGCAGCCGGCCAAGCCAACGAGAAGGAGAUCGACCAGGCGCUCGAGCUCACAUACAAGGUCUGUGGUCACUCCAUCUGUGCCAUGGGUGAAGCCUUCAGUUGGCCAUACCAAGGCUUGGUGAAGAACUUCAAGCCGCUCAUGUUGGAGAGAAUCAAGCAGUACAAGACCGAAAACGGCCUCUUGGACGGCGGCCUCAACAACGGUGGCUGGUACGAAACCGCCGAGAUCAAGAACGGUGAGGUCAUCAAGAACCCAAUGCCAAAGGAAGCCUUCCACGGCCAUUGAGCAGCAGAGAACGAACAGACCUAAACCGGGACUCUGUUGGUCGCACCAGCUAGUUGCCCUCCCCCUCUCCACCUUGCAUUCAUUACAGUUACCCCCAGCCCUCACCCUCAUCCCCCACACACACAACUACUGCUUCGAUGCCACCCCGAGUUUGUUUCUCCUCUUCCAUUCUUCUACUAUUCUUCCAUUCUUCCAUUCUCCCAUUCUCAUUCUCCUUCUUAUUCUUAUUCUGAUUCUACUAUUAUUUUUCCACCCACCCAACCCCAACGCUGGCCUUUGUUGCGGCUGAACAGCCGACCCCAGGCCGCCCAAACUAUUUAUAUCUCGUGUAUCCCACUUAAGCAAAACGUAU